GCAGGGCUGAACUUACUACCAAACAGUUUUUUGAGAUCCACCGAGAUGUCUCCCUGCAAUGGACCUUUAGCACAAUACCUUUCAUGCAGAUGUUGUCCUGUAUUGUGACUAAAUAUAAGCUUUGUGGGAAUUAAACACUUCAGAAAUAACAAAAAUGGACAGUAUUAACACAGUAACUCAGAUAAAUGAGGAUUCAAAACAGGAGAAAAAUGAUGAUCAUCAGUCAACAUCAAGUUCAAAGGUUGUUUGUGGAGUGUGUCGAAAGAAACUCUGGAGUUUGUUACCGGUGAAUUAUAAAGAAGAAAUUGUACAGCAGGUGAAAUUGGCUGGACCAGUGUUUAUAUCUCAGCUGAUGAUCUUUCUGAUCAGCUUCAUCAGCACUGUGUUCUGUGGACACUUGGGGAAAACUGAACUGGCUGGUGUGGCUCUGGCUAUUGCUGUUAUUAAUGUGACCGGCAUCUCCGUCGGUUCUGGACUGGCGUCUGCUUGUGAUACACUCAUUUCUCAGACGUUUGGCAGUAAUAAUCUGAAGCGGGUGGGUGUGAUACUGCAGAGAGGGAUUCUCAUCCUCCUGUUGGCCUGUUUCCCCUGCUGGGCGCUGCUCAUCAACACAGAGCCCAUCCUGCUGGCUGUCCGACAGCGUCCCAGUGUGGGUAUUAUUUGGCCUCAGGUCAUCACAGGAGUAGCAGGAAAUGUCCUCAAUGGUUUAAUAAACUACAUCUUCCUUCAUCUGCUUGAUCUUGGUGUUGCCGGAUCUGCUGCUGCAAACACCAUUUCCCAGUAUUCCUUGGCUGUGUUUCUCUUUUUUUAUAUUCAAUGGAAGGGCCUUCAUAAAAACACAUGGGACGGGUGGUCUUGUGAUUGUCUGCAAGAAUGGGGUCCAUUUAGUAGCUUGGCUUUUCCCAGCAUGCUCAUGCUGUGUGUGCAGUGGUGGGCAUAUGAGAUUGGUGGAUUCCUGGCAGGAAUUAUCAGUGAGGCUGAGCUGGGAGCCCAGUCUGUUGUGUAUCAGCUGGCUACUAUUGCAUUCAUGUUUCCAAUGGGAUUUGUAGUUGCAGCCACUGUGAGGGUGGGAAAUGCACUUGGAGCUGGAAACCCAGAACAAGCCAAACUGUCUGCCAAAGUGUCUUUAGUCUGUGGACUACUUGCUUCUUGUAUAGUCGCUGCCUUUAUUGGAAGUACCAGUGAUAUUAUCGGAUACGUCUUUACCACUGAAGAGGAAAUAGUGCUCAGAGUAUCAGAGGUCAUGGUCAUGUACAGCUUCUUCCAUAUAUUUGAUGCCAUUGCGGGCAUUACAGGUGGAAUUGUCAGGGGUGCUGGAAAGCAGCUGCUUGGUGCUCUUUGUAACAUUGUAGGAUAUUAUUUUGUGGGAUUUCCAGUUGGAGUGUCUUUGAUGUUUGCUCUCAGCUUGGGCAUAAUUGGUUUGUGGACUGGAUUCUUUGUGUGUGCCUUCACACAAUCUUUGUUCUUCUUCACCCUCAUUUGCAAACUGGACUGGAAAAAAGCCACACACGAGGCCUUGAUCAGAGCAGGUGUACAAGCCCCUCAGACCAAAGAUGAAUCUUAUGCUAUGGAAAAUAAGGGCUGCACAGAAGAAGUACCACAGGAGUCCCAGCACAAAGAAGCAGGCCAGACAGAUGCAAACACAGACCUUGAAGGGCUCGGUGAAGGAGAAGGAGGAGGAAUAACAGUUGCUGGCACAAAGGUCACAGUUGGCACAGUCUUGACCACAAAACAGCUGGUUGUUCGUCGAGGCCUUGCUGUCUUCUUUAUGCUGCUUAUAUUAGCUGGAGGGAUUGUGUUAAAUGAGGUGCUCAUUGGAAUUCUCAGAUGAUGUAAGGGAUGUGAAAGGACACACUCACACAUGGGAUUUUUUUUUUCAGCUUUGAUUUAUCUUUUUGAUAGAAAAACGGGUACAAAUCAGGUUGGCUGAAGGAGACAAUAUACUGCAGAUUGUAACUAGAAAAAUUGAAGUUACACUUUCACUCGACUCAUAUUAAUUAUCAGAAUUUUUAAGACAGACACAAUGACCACAUGGGAAUUCAAUACAUUUAAAAUGACCUCAACAACCGUGUUAAAGUGUUAAAUACAUUAUACUCAUGUUCAAAAUACGUCAAUUCAAUCAAUUGCGACGAAAAUAUUCACAUAAAACAUUAUUUCCACAAUUAAUACGUUACGGUGCCCGGUAGGGGCCGUCUUCGGUUCACUUAGUUUUGUCGUGGCCACGAGAUAUUAAUUUGUGGGAACGUCAUAUUAUGUCGUGGCAACGAGAUCAUUUUGUUGAGGUAAGGACAUCCUUAUGUCUUGGCCUCGAGAUGCUAUUUUGAGGGAACGACGUAUUUUUCUCUUGGCCACGAGUUUAAUGUGUAAACAAACCUAUGUGACCAUAGCAACCCGGGAUUAUCAGGGAUUCAUUCAUAUUUUAUUUUGAAUUAAGAAAUAAUUAUAUUAAUUAUUAUAGAAAUUAUUAGGCUAGGCCUACAUAAUUAUUAUAUUGACCAUAGGCUACCGGACUAUAGGCACGCGAUGUAAACAGCAUUCAAAUUAAGUUUAUCAUGAAUAGGCUAAAUUAAAGUAUGCUACAUAAAAUGAAAUAGACCUACAAGAAAACAUUUUUAUCCAUCCCACAGUCUUGUGUGUCCAUUAACUGAUCGUCUUUUUCCGUAAUAUUUGUAUAUUAUUAUUAUUAGCUAUUAUUAUUAUCAUCAUCAUUAUUAUUAUUAGCCUAUUAUUAUAUUUUUAUAUUUGUUUUUUCCCUUCAUUUCGAUCCUUUACAUAACGUUCUGACUAGUUCUGUAAAUAAGCCUACUGUAAAUGCUCGACAUAAAGCGUUGAUUAUGCUGACUGGAAUUUAUAGCCUAUUGGAAAUGCAGUUUAAAGGUUGAAUUUAACAUAUAUUUCUUUUUUUCCCCUGCGAAUUAAUAAUGAUUAAUAUUAUAGCCUACUGCCGUGUUUCGUUGAGGAAUUAAUCAUUCACGUAUUUUAAUUUGCAAAUGAAAACAACACGCUCAUUUAUCAUCACAUACUGGCAUAAAUAGCCUACAAUCAUAAAGUAUUGGCAUAAUUGUCAGGCGUUUACAGUAUUUGCAAAAUAUAUGGUAGCAAAUUGAAAGGGGAAAUAAUAAAAUAUUAUAUUUAUAUGAAAUAAAUAUAAAAAUAAAUAUAUAAUAAUAAUAAUAAUAUACAAAUAUUAAAUGAAAUGUUUAAUGUUAAUAAAAAUAUCUGCUAAAACAACAACAAAAAAACAAAACAAAAAAAAAACAAUAGAAGCCUAGUAGAAACCAUCACAGAAAUUCCAAUGGUUUCCAUUAAAAUACCAUUAUAAACCAUUAGAUUUUUUUCCAGCAAAACC